UAUCUAUUCUCUCUAAUCUUCUUACCAUUUCUCCGCGCAUGGCAGUCAUGAUUUCCAACCAUGGCCGGGCCCUGCCGAGCCGCCUCAAGGAGUUAGAAGUGAAGAGUCCAGCCACGGACCCUUCGCUUCAAUUAUUGUGGUAUGCUGCUAACCGCGGAAAAGGGAUUGACUUGACCGACUCUGCGUCGCCUUUCGUCUCUGCUUUUUGAUUUAAAAGAAAUGUAAAAGUGUUAUACGGCUGUGGGAAAAGGGGCCCAGUUCCUCCGCAAAGCUGCAUAAAAGGCUUUAUUCCGCAAACAUCAUACAGUGCUUGAUCUGUCCAAGUCUACUCACAUUUCCAUGAAAUUUCCUUACCCUUUCUUCUUAAAUGUUGGAUUUCUUCCUUAUUUAUCGUUUGCUCUCUUUGUGGAGUAGCUUCAGUGUUCCGGUCUUCUGUUUCUGACUGAUAAAUUGUGAAGAUCGAAAGAGAUUUUCCAGUAAUGAUGGUAUUCCUUACAUAGCCUCAUUGAAUACUCACGUUGCAUUGGGGAAAUCCUUGGUUUGAGGAUAUAGGAAAGGUUCUUCUUGGGUUGCACUUCAAUGUUGCUCUGAUAGCAUUUUAAUGAAAUCUUGAUAACAAUAAUUAGUCAUUCCAACAUUUUUGACUGAGUAUUUAGUUCGGAGAUUCUCAAAAUGUCAGGCUUGGAGCUGGUGCCAAUUGGAACAUUUCUGUCGCUGCUGAUAGAACAAGUAAUAUUAACGGCAAAGGCUAUAGAUAAUGUCCUUAUAGAGAAAGAAUGCUUCAAAACGUUAUCUAAAUAUCUUUUAGACAUUGUACCAAUCUUGGAGGAACUGCAACGUCAUGAACUGAAUGACACUCCAACUGUGAGACACACGUUGGAGUUUCUCAAAGAAAAUUGUGAUAAUGCUGAAAACUUAGUGCUGAAGUAUAAGGACAGUGGAAGAUUCUACUCUUUUCUAUUUUGUCGUCGUAUUGCGAAUGAGAUACAAGAAGCAACAAGGGCCAUAGGGAAGUCUUUAGCCAUGUUGCCACUGGCCAAAACUGAAGUCCUGUAUGAAAUAUCUGACAUGGUGAAUAAAUUGCAAGCUGAAAUGCAAAAAGCUGAAUAUGUAGCCUCUCAAUCAAGUUUAAUGAUCCUUGAGAAGCUGAAUAAAGGUAUUAAAGAGCAAAAACAUGACCAAAACUUUAGAAACAGCAUGUUAGAGCAAAUAGCAUUAUCAGUAGGUGUCUCCAUUGUGCCAGCAGAAAUUAGAAAAGAACUUGAUUCCUUGAGGAUGGAAAGGGAAGAGGCUGCUGCUCGUAAAGAGAAGCAAGAAGAAAUCUUCCUGAAACAAGUAAUUGAAUUGUUAUCUCAUGCUGAUGCUGCACUGGAUGAAGAUGAAAUAAGGAGGCAGUAUGAACUAAUAAGGAACACCGUAGAGAAAUCUGCAAUAAGCAAUGGUAAAAUUUUAGAAUAUGAUGCUUUUUUAUGCCCUAUAACCAAGUCUGUGAUGGUUGAUCCUGUCAAUCUUUUCACUGGAACCACAUGUGAAAAAGCCGCCAUUGAAGCAUGGUUUUUAGAAGGGCGUAAGGAAGAUCCUUGCACGGGAAAACCUCUCGCGGACACAACAUUAAGACCCAACAUUUCUGUAAGACAGUCGAUUCAGCAAUGGAGAGAACAGAACUAUUUCCUUAAAAUUAGACGAGCAAAGGAGAUCUUGCAGUCUGGUAACAGUGCUGCUUAUGAUGAUGCUUUUUGUGAAAUCACAAAGGUCAUUAAAGAGAAUUUGGUCACUAAGUAUUGGAUUGCUAUGGAAGGGCUUAUUGAUAUAAUCGUGCUCUUGGUAGGAACCUUGGAUGGUAAUUUAAAAUCAAGAUCUUUGCAAACACUGCUGGACAUAGUUGAAAGUCAUUCACACAAUAAGGAUAAAGCAGUAGAAGCUGGAAUAUUUAACCACAUCAUAGCAUGUGUGAGGCUUGAUUAUAAUGUGUGCACAUCUGCAGCGAAUCUGCUCUUUGAGCUCUUGCAAGAAAAUGAUAGGUGGGGCCAGGCCAUACAACAAGAGGAUUGUCGAUGGAACCCAGAUUUUUGUAGAAAACUAAAACAACUGCGUGGUACAAUUGCUUUUCUUGUAUUGAUCAUCCUGGACAAUCAAUUUUCAGAAUCAGCUAAGAAGAUGGAAGCUAUCUUGUUACAGCUGUGUUGCGAUGAUGAUGCUACAAUUUUAGAUGUAGCUUCUUACCAUUGGUACAAACCACUUGUCCGACGAUUACGUGAUGGUCCAGAGUCAUCAAAGCAAACUAUGAUGAGAGGUCUUGAAAAAAUGCAAUUGCUUGAUGAGGAUGUAAAGCAUCUUGGGGAGGACGGAGUGAUUAAUCCUUUGGUAAUAUUGGCGUCAGGAGAUGCUAAAUCCAGAGAGCUUGCUUUUUCAGUUAUGGCUAAGUUGUGCACUUCUUUUGAGAAUAGAAGAUUAACUGUAGAAGCAGGAGCAGUUUCUCUCAUUCUUGAACAGAUUUCCUCGCCACAAGUCUCCCCUAUUAUCCGAGAAAAAUGCUCUGGAAUUUUUGAGAAGCUUACGUCCAGUGGCUUGGAAUUUCUCAAUGGUACUGGCAUUGUACUCCCUCAGCGAGAGCUGAUGAUAACCAACCUAAUAGGCAUCUUUGAGACCCCAAGCACAUCCAUUGGUAUCCGGAAGCCAGCUUUUAGAGCACUCCUUAGCCUCUGCAAGUCAGCAAAAGUUGCUGCAGAGAAUGCAAUUGCCUCCCAAAAUGGCCUUUCCAUUAUUCUUCCCCUGCUCGAGGAUUCUGAUAAAGAAAUUCAGAAACUAGCACUUGAACUUAUCCAUCAGUUCUCUCAGAACGAAUCUUCUCGUAUUGCAGACUUCCUCCUGGAUGGCACGAGAUUGGAGACAUUAAUGCCUUUCCUUGAGGAUGAAAGCCAACCAGAACUCCAGCUUCUAGCAGUAGAACUGUUGACCAAUCUUCAAAAGUCCAAUAUUGAGCUUAUCAAAGGCUUAGCUAAAUCAGGGGCAAUACCUCUAAUUUUGCACAUAUUAAACAGGGGCACUAUGGAAGCAAAGGAAAAUGUGCUUGAUUUGCUCGUUGGGUUCAUGAAUCCUGCUGACAUAGAAAUGCAGAAAAGGUUGGUUGAAUCAGGUGCUUAUCCUUUGCUGGUGAACAUUCUGAUAUCUGGAAGUAAGACAGCUAAAGCAAGAGCAGCAGCACUCAUCGGUAACCUGUCCUCAAACAGCCUGAAUUUGACCGAAGAGCCAAAUCGCACAGGAUGUUUUUGUUUCCUUAGGAAGAAAAUUCCUACUUGUGAAGUUCAUGGUGGUAUAUGUUCUGUGGAAUCAAGUUUCUGUUUGUUAAAAGCUGAUGCUCUUAAGCCGCUGGUAAAUUUGCUUGACGAACGUGAUGAUGCGGUAAAACUAAAGGCAAUACUGGCAUUGAAAACAUUAGUUGAAGGAAUUGGAUCUAGAGGCGUAAUUUGUCUGCAUCGAUUUAAGGCCAUAAAGCCAAUGCUUGAUGUUUUGCGUGAAGAGAAUCCAGCGCUGAAGGAAGAAGUGCUUGAGAUGCUGGAGAUGUUGUUUAAGGUUAGGGAGGUUUUAGAUAGCUACACUGAUGAUGUAAAGAUCCCUCUCAUACACUUAUCUGCUUAUCGCAGUGGGAAUACGAACGAUCAUUUGAGAAUCAAAGCUGCAAAGCUCUUGGCUGACCUUGAGCUUUACUCGAAGUCGGGAUCCUCGCCUCUUUAAGAAAAAGCUAGUUCUCGUUAUUUUACUGGUAAACUUUUAAAGCAUUUGAGUGAUUGAUUCUUAUCCAUCAAUGUAGAUGCAUCUGUAUCUUGAUCUUUCUUUGGCCAAUUUGUUUUAUGAACAUGUACUAUUUUGGGGUGUACCCAUUUUUCUGUUUCUGUUGUUUCCAUCUUGUUUUAUGCUACGGUGUGUUUUUUUCCAAAUUCCAACAUCUGAAACUCAAUCAUCCUAUCAGAUCAGGAGUGGAGUUUUUAUUGAAUGUUUAUUUCAUUUUUAUGUUUCUAAAAAUUGUUUUCUCAUUUCUGUUAUUAUGCAAUGGAGUCUGAACA